GACGAAAAUGUUGCUAAUGGCCGCGUACUGACUGAGCGAGCAGCUUCGCGAGGCAGCCUCGGACGUUUGCCUCGCAACGUUUGCCGCGCGAGGCAGCCUCAUUCUGUAAUUUAAUACACAUGAGACUGCCGCGCGCGGCAAAGCCGAGCCAGACCGAGGCUGAGCAAAAGACUCGAACGCUCAGUAGUUACUCACAAGUCGAACAGAAGCCACGCGCGAGUAGCGCAUAUUCAGUUUAGAUUAAGAUUAUCAUGAGGCCGUGCGUUCGGAAGGCUAUCGCCACCACUGCCUUUAUACUGAUUCAUCAACUUGUACAAAAAAAGAAAAGAAAAAAAUCUAAACAUUUUUGGAUAAAAACGUUAUACAAAAACAGAUUUCAAGCUGGAAACAGAAUAUUUGAAGAGCUGUGCUUUGAUGACGCAGAAAGCAAUUUCACUAGAAUGAAUAAAAUUGAAUUUGAACAUCUGUACUCUCUUAUAAACGCCAAAAUAAGCAAGAAGGACACAAAUUUUCGAGAAGCAAUAACCGCAAGGGAAAGAUUGUUGGUUACGUUAAGAUUUUUGGCCACGGGAGAUUCUUAUACCAGUUUGCAGUAUCUGUUUCGUAUAUCAAAACAAAGAAUAUCAGUAAUCGUUCAUGAAGUUUGUGAUGCGUUAAUCGAUGUGCUAAGGGAUUAUGUUAAGAUACCAUCAUCCGAAGAAGAGUGGCUUACUAUAGCAAGAGAAUUUGAGACAAAAUGGAAUUUUCCGCAUGCUAUUGCAGCAAUGGAUGGGAAACAUGUUAUAUUACAAUCGCCUAUAAAUAGUGGCAAUGAUUUCGAUUGUUACAAAUUGUUUCCCAGUAUGGACUAUACUAUUUGCUUUAGUUGACGCCAAUUAUAAAUUCCUGUAUGUAGAUGUUGGUAGCAAAGGUCGUAUAUCAGAUGGCGGUGUGUUUAAAAAUACCAAUUUAUAUAAAAAACUUGAAAGAAGGGAACUUAAUAUUCCUCCGCCAGAAAUCUUACAAAUACCUUAUGAAACUGCAGUGCCGUAUUUUAUUUUGGCCGAUAAAGCAUUUGCAUUGGAUGAGUACACAAUGAAACCUUAUGAAGGUACUCCAAAUCGAGGUUCAAUGGAAAGGAUCUUUAAUUACCGACUGUCCAGAGCAAGGAGAGUUGUGGAAAAUGCUUUUGGCAUUUUAAGUUCUGUGUUCAGAGUAUUGAGGAAGCCCAUACUAUUGGAACCAGAAAAAGCUACAAAAGUCGUGUUAACUACUAUAUACUUAUAUAACUACUUGCGAAGGGAUCAAGAGGCCUCUCAAAGGUUUACUGCCCCGGGAUCAUUUGAUGUCGAAGCUGAAGGAACAAUAAUACCCGGGCGAUGGCGGCAGGAUACAGAAAUGUCAUCAAUGCUACCUAUUCGAGCUAUGCCACGGCGAGGGCCAACAGAUUUAAAAGAAAUACGUUCACAUUUAGGGAGACAUUUUAUUACAAAUGGAGCAAUUGCUUGGCAGAAUAAUUAUCAGUAAAUACUCACGUCUUCAGGUAAAGUAUCUUGAGUAUUUCCUGGAUGGUUUCUAUCGCCCAGGAAGCUGAAAGCUUCAUAGGCGUACCAAUUUGAUUUAUAUAUGUCACCACGACCUGUAAUAAAUAAUAAAUUAAUUAAAUUUGUACGACUGACUAUAAAUAUGUAAUGACUGUACGAAAACAUAAUAAUAAACAUAAACAUACCUGAUCCUGUGA